CAAUAACUCCCUCGAGGAACCUCCCGCCGGCGACAGUGGUCGGGUCCGCUGCGAGGAAGAACACGGAGGAAUACUUGCGACACGAAAACAGAGAGCGAUCCUCGUCACUAUGCCUUGUGCCUUGUGCGCGCAGUCCAAGUUUGGUCUUAGGAAUAGAAUCCAGGCCGUAAGUAAAAAGCAUGCCCCUUCUACCUUGCUCUGAGUGACAAGUGUGCACUCGUGACACCUUGCGAAUGAAGGCGGAUGAAUCAAAAUUUCCGGCGACAAAAAGAAUCGAUUUUGGAUUACGACCGAAUGAAAUGUUGUUGCCAUUCUACAUUCAUUAACUCUUCUUAGGAAAUAAAAAAUGUGUUCUUCUUCUCGACUCUGGUGGAUAGAAUUACAUUCAUGCGUUUCGUGAUGAGGACGUGAGGCAGGAGCGAUGGCGGGCGAACAGGUGCCCGGGGGUCGCUUCGACUUCGAUGACGGGGGCACCUACUGCGGCGGAUGGGAGGAUGGAAAGGCGCACGGACACGGUGUGUGCACGGGCCCCAAGAGCCAAGGAGAGUACGCCGGAUCAUGGCACUUCGGAUUCGAGGUGUCCGGCGUGUAUACGUGGCCGAGUGGCAGUACGUAUGAAGGCCAAUGGCAGAAUGGCAAGCGGCACGGGCUAGGUGUAGAGACACGGGGGCGCUGGACGUACCGGGGGGAGUGGACGCAAGGCUUUAAGGGGCGUUACGGCAUCCGGCAGAGUGUUAGCUCAGGCGCCAAAUACGAGGGGACCUGGGCCAACGGACUGCAGGACGGAUAUGGAUCAGAAACAUACGCAGAUGGAGGCACCUUCCAGGGCCAGUGGAUGCGAGGCAUGCGACACGGGUACGGCGUGCGGACGAGUGCCACCUUUGGACUGGCCUCUCAUUACCGUCCGAAGAGCGUCCGGGGCUCCCUGUCGUCGAUCCCGGCGAGCGAACAGGCGGACCCCGCCAGCGAUCGAGACCGAAAGAUUGACGACUUCCGGGGCGGAUUCGUGCUCAAGUCUCGUAGCGAUGAGCCGCCCGCACGGAGGAGAUCCCUCGUCGAGAAGUCCACCAACCUCAAAAAGUCCAUCCUGCAGGGCCUGAAGAUCAAGAAGCAGCGCAGUACUGGAGAUAUUGACCGCCGCGGGGUGAGCUCGAUCCGAAGCUCGGGCUCGAAUCUAAGUUCCGCGAGUUCCGAGUCGAGUCAAUCCGGGGUGGCACACAGCCAAGGUGGUGGUUCUCUGCACACGGAUAGUAACGUGAGUUUCGUGUCACAGGACGAACUCUGCGACACCGCCGUCACUGAGACCUACUUGGGUGAGUGGAAGAAUGACAGGCGCUGCGGGUUCGGCAUUGCUGAGAGGUCGGACGGACUCAAGUACGAAGGGGAGUGGUACAACAACAAGAAGUACGGGUAUGGCGUGACCACGCUACGAGAUGGCACCCGAGAGGAGGGCAAGUACAAGAACAAUGUGCUGGUCUCUUCAGGCAAAAAGAAACAUCUGUUCAUGCUACGUUCGACAAAAUUUAAGGAGCGCAUAGACGCCGCCGUCAACGCAGCUGCCAGGGCAUCCCAGAUCGCCCUGCAAAAGGCCGACAUCGCCAUCUCUAGGACGGCGACGGCUCGAGGCAAAGCCGAGCAGGCUGACAUCUCCGCCAUGCACGCUCAAGAGGACGCCACCAUCGCCAGACAAAUCGCCAAACAAUUCGAUCCGGACAUCAAGAUGCCCGAUAUGAUGAAAAAUAGGUACAAUGACCGGAUGAAUCCCACGCCACCUGCGAGGGUCCCCUUUACCAACCUCAGCAACCAAACGCUAUCAGCGAAUACGCCGGAUGGCUCCCGGACAGACAGUCCAUUGGAUCCUUCGCGGAGAAACCUCUCCAUGGGUAUGGGAACGCCCUCCCAACAGUCCAGGCAACCACUUAAUAAUCCACAACAAGAGAGGUAUAUGAGCCCCACUCCGGUCAUCCAGACGCAGUAUCCUGGUCAACCAACUUCCUACCCGAUCCAGAACGCUGUGAGCCAAGAUACCCGGUAUAUGCCUCAGCAGCAAAUGGAUAGGUAUACUUCUCAACAGGGCCCGCAACAGCAGAGCUACGCCAACCAGAACCAGGGCUACGGCGCCUACCCUUCAGCACAGCAGCAGAACCAGUAUCCAAUGCAAAAAAUGAAUGCCAAUUACCUUGGGCCUCAACAGGACCCACCCCCAGUGCCUAAUCGACAGGGUUCCUUCAGAAGGCGCCCUAGUGCCCGUGACUCACAAGGGGGCUACUCCAUGCAACAGGCUAUGGGCGACCACUUUGACCACUACAGACAGCAGGAGCCACGUGUUAGGACAGUCAUCAAGCAUGGGAGGAGGAUACCCUCCCCUCCCCGUAGUGGCAUGUAUCCGCCACCACCCAGGACCAGCUAUGGUCCAGACGCAACCCCAGAUUCGGGGGUGUCUGAGAGCAUGGAUGAACUGUCCCCCUCCCGCUUCGGUCGCAAGUCCCACCUGCCGCCCAUGAUCUACGGGGACAGUCAUGCGUCUAGCCUGCUAAGUUUCGCUCCGAGCGAGGAGGAUCGUCGUAGCAUGAGCCCCACUAUGAGCAGCAUGGGGUUGGACAGUGAGCUGGGCUCUGAAGCUUCGACGGGCAGUGGGGCUUUCCCUCGGACAGCCUCCCUCUAUGUAAAUCCGCCCAGCCGGAAAAAGCAGCAAGAGGCGGCGGCCGCCAAGGGCGGAGGGGGAGAUCUGCUCAUGAGGAAGAAGAGCAUGCCCCAUGGGCCCAAGGAGAUCGCGGGAACCCCUCAAAAGGUCAUUCCCCGAGAAGAGGUGGCUUAUCUCAGCUCACAAAGAAGGGAAGAGCUCAGAAGGAUGCAAUAUGAGUCUGAGAGGCUCAGGUCAAAUCCGUUGCUCUACUUAGUUAGACCAGAUUUGAAGGACUGGUUCUCCAGACAACAGAUGAUCCUGCUGGUUCUUGUCAUCAACAUCAGCCUGGCCAUCAUGUUCUACAAACUGCUCUCGUAGGCCGGAAGGCAACACAUUUCAUUUCACCGAUCAAACAUCCUCGCCGCCGACUGGCCGCUUCUGGAGUCGGUCCGGAGGGUGCCCGACAGAGAGGGAUUGCAGCUGUGGACCAGCCCUUUCUUUUACUCGAAGCGGGCUCUCGUGAUAAAUAAUCAAAUUUUAGUCUCACACAGCGUGGUGGAAAUGGUAUGACCCGUGGUUAUAUAUACACAUAUACAUAUAUAAAUAUAUAUAUAAUAUAUUGUUAACUGUCAUUGCACAGGUCACGUAUUUUCUACGCACUGACGAGAAAUUUUAUUUGUAUGUGCAAUUUUUUUCCCUUUCUUCUUAUGUAGGUGUGCACCGAAGAAACAAAAAAAAAAAACUGUUACCUUCUUCCUUUGUCUGUUCGUGUCAAAAGUUUGGUUUGAUGUUUAUUUUGAAUCAAAACAGUACUUACCUGCGCUAUGUGAGUAUCGCGAACAUUCGGUGCACACAAUUGCCAAGAUAUUUUCUUCCUAGGUUUCGUCCGCACCGUUGAAGCAAAAGUGGACACGUUCUAUUUCAUCUACACUUUUAUACAUUAUGUAUUUGAUAUUUCACUUUUAAAGCACCACAAAAAAAAACGCAUAUUUUUACGAUUUUUAUUAUUAGUUCAUUGUUUGUGGUUCGAGCCUUAAAAUUGUUGAUGGAUGCAGUCCAGAUAAAGUGAUAAAUUAAUUACCAAGAAAACAAAUAAGAUAUAUACAUGACAACAUUUUUUUUAAUUUAUAAAUUGGCCUUUAUUCAGUUGAAAAAUUAUAACAUAAAAAUUUAUUUACACACGUUUUAUUUUCAAAAAUCGUGUAUUAUAAAAAAAAAGAAUAAAAUUUAAUGUAAUUUAUAUUGUUGAAUUUCUGAAAAGAAAAAAGACACUGAAAAAAGAAAUUUAGGUUACACCAUUCUUUAAAAUAAAGCCAAUAAUGAAUGUUCGCAAUUUUUGUAUUCAAAAAUGACUGCUAUGCCGAACAUAUUUAAAUUUUUUUAAUAUUUGGUAUAGAACUAUAUAAAAUAAUUUUUAUAGACAUUUUUGAACAAAAUGUGUUAGCAAAGCAUUUUUAUUUUCGCAUGUCUUUUUAAAAUAAAUAUAAUUACUUAGUUUGCUCUUAUAUAAGUGGAAAUGAAAUCAAUUAAUAUUGUGGAAGUAUUUUAGUUGUGUAUCUAGCAUCAGAAAAGUAAUGUAAAACAAGAAUCGUCUUAUAUAAAUUAUCCUAAACAUGUUACUAAAAAUAUCUAAAUAUAUUUUCAAUUGCCAACUACAUAUUAUAAAAGCCAUUAAAACCGAAUGCUAUCAAAACAAAAUCAUUUGCUUAAUGAAAUGAAUGAUUCUAAUUUUACAUUACUUAUCGUUUGCCAGAUAUACAUUCCACUAAUACUAGUAUUCUUUUCCUUUUAAAUGGCAUGGGAGAAGAACCAUCAUAUGUAUUUAAUGCAAAAUCAUUUGAAAGAAGGUUCGAACCUCAUCAUUGAGUUGUCCAUAAUUAGCAUUUCAUCAACCAAUUUUUAGAUGUGGUGUGCUUUUUCAAUUUACUAUCCGCCCAUAGUAAGCUUGAAUCUUUACACCAUUUUUCCUUGCCGUCAGGCUUGUUCUCUAAGCCUGAAAAUGCCUUUAGCUUUUAGUAGUCGAGAGAGUGUAUAUACAACAUGUAUAUAUACGUUAUAUAAAUAUAUAACACAUGUUUUUUAAAAAACAAAUUGAGAUUUUUAACUUUUAGUUCCUCUGUUGGAACAAUUGAAGAGUUACUAAGUCGUUAUUUAUUUGUUUGGCCUCAUGCGAAAGUAAGGAGGAUGCCGAAUCUCGAUAUGAAAUCCCAGGAAUCAAUCGCACGGAUUUUUUUCCUCGUCCGUCCAAAAUUUUAGAUGUACUCUCCACAUUAUUCCUUCACGCCUGCCGCUCUCUUCCAAAAUUUUUAUCGGAAGAAAAAAAAAAGUUAUUAAAGAUUCUAAAACUAGCGAUUCUUCCGAACGAUUGAUAUGACGCUUCAAUCAUUUAAAAUAAUCUAAUAAGUGAUAUGACGCACCGACUUUAGUAAAUCUAAAAUUAUAUUUCAUUCAUAAUUUAAAACAACAGCAAAGAAAACUAUCUACAAUAGCACUAAUAAAUAAAUAUAAAAUAUAAUGCAUCUUCAGGCACUUUUUUUUUUUUCAAUUUUAUGAAAAGAAUUCAUACAGAGUAAAUAAUUAACAAGUGAUAGAUAUGUUCGAAAUUAUAUAAACAAAAAAUAUUUUUUCAAUUCUACAGCAAUUACUCCAUGUCUAUUUUUUUAAAAUCAAUUAUAAUUCAAUAUCAAAAAAAAAAUUAAAUUUAAAACAAAAUUAAAACAAAUAUUCCAAAAAGCAUAUAUUGAAAUGUAGACUGUAGUAUAUCGACAAUAAUGAAAUGUAAACUUGGAAAGAAUGAAAAGGCAUGCAAUAUCAUAUCUGUUUAAUAAACGAAAUGCAUAAAAAUCAACUCGCCUUUUACACAUUAUAGUACAAAAUGUUAUUAAUCGGCGUCUCAUGAUUAAAAUGUUUUGUCUAUAAAUAUUGCAUUAGAUAUUUUGAUUUAAUCUUGUUCGUUAUAAUUGUGUUUACUUUAUGAAAAUCAGGCUUACGCUAGCAUUUUAAAGCAUACAUUUUUAAAAAUAUAUUUAUUUUUAAAUGUAUAUGUUUUUGUAAAUCUUGUUAUAUUUUGCUAUGGAAAUCGAUUUCUAAUACUUUUACGAAGUGAAUUAACUAGCUAUAAAAGCAGACGAUAUAAUUACUAACGCACUUGAACUUUUUCAAUCGAAGCUGAAAACAGUUAAACUCGAGUACAGAGAAGAAAAAAAAGCUUUUUAUUUCCUGUCCAGUGUCCAAAAUGCAGGGAACAAAUUCUUAGUUGGAAAAUUUUCAUAACGAAAACACUUUAUAUCUUUAAUUGUUAACUUUGAAUCUCAUCGAAUCGCGUUUUGCACAGACGACAUACUUUACCUUGACGAUUGAAACUCACCAAUUAGAAUAUCGACUUUUAUAAAGUAAAGCACUUAAAUUAUGCUCUAAACUAAACUGUUGAGAGAUAAUGACAAAGAAAUCGAUCCAAGGAGCGAUGGGAGAUGAAAAGAAUGUUUCUCGUGGAAUUCGGAGAGCGUCUAAAACAGUCGAAUAACCUCGAAGCUCAGCCUUCACAGAAACACUCACCCAGACUUUGGCAAACAAGCCUGUUCCGCAUCUCACGAAAAUAGAACAGUGAGUUCCUUUUAGUCGAUUCAGCGCAUCUUUGCCUGCUACCGGUUCUAUCUUUUUUAUUUAUAUUUUUCAUUGCACGCGAAACGAUAAUUUUAAUAGAAAACAAAAUGUUAUAAUUAUAUUCUUUUCGAAUUCUUUUUUAUAAAAUAUUUAAUAAGCAUUUCAAAAGAAGAAAAAAAUGCUUUGUAGUUGUACUCAAGCUAUACAAAUUUAUUUAAAAAUUUUAAAACAAAAUGUUAUAAAAGAACUCUAUAUUAUAAUGAUAUAAAAAAUUUUAUUGACAGAAAAAAAUAUUCUAGAAAUUUCUCAAUUAUUAAGAUAGAAAACACAAACUUUGAAAAAAAAAAGAAUUUUUUUAAAGAAAGCUAUUAAUAUUCUUUUUAAAUAAAUUGAUUAAAGAAGAAUUAAUUUAAUUCAUGAAGUAGCGCAUUAACUAUUUUCUACACAGUUGGGGGAAAAAAUUACUAUAAUUUUUUCUGCACACACAUUUUAGAUUUCACUCUUUUUAUAUCUUUAUUAUGAACAAAAUAUAAGCAUGUUUCUCCAAACUAUAAGCAUUUCCAUUUAAGGAAAAGAAUUAAUAUUACAAAAUUUCGACAGAUUUUUAAUAAUUAAAUUGGAAAGCAUAAAAAAUUAGAUAUAAAAUUAUUAAUUAUACAUAAAGAAGUGUAAUUAUUUUUAAUUAUAGGAUAAAGGCAUAUUUAUGAAAGGUUGUUUGAAUAAUCUAAGGAUAGAGGUUAUAUUUUGAAUGUAAUGUUUAUGGUCAAAGUUGGCAAAACAUUUUUCAAAAAAAUAAAGUUAAGGAAAAAUUCUGUAUAAAUUUUUAAAAAAAGAAUAGUAUUAUUUUUCAAUGUGAAAUAUACUUAUAUUCUAACAAAAUGUUGCAUAUGCAUUGAAUUUUAAAAAAAAAUAUUCAAAAUACACAUAUGCUUAAUGAGAAACAAAAUAAUCCAGUAAAUAAUUUCAAAAGUUGUUAUUAAGUUUCAACAGUUUAAGAAAUCAGACAUUCAGGUUUAAGUGAAUGUAAAAAAUUUAUCUUAACUACAAAAAAUGUUAAAUAUAAAAAUUAAAUAUAAUUAAUGUAAUUUAUAGGCAUUCAUUCACAUUAAAAAGAAAGUAGUUUUAGGUAAAAUGUAGAUUCGAUAGUUUUAGAUGUCAUUUUUUUCAAGUUAUUAAUUAUUAAAAAAUGAAUAUUGAUAUACGAGUAGAUUCCUAUGAGCGUUUUAUAUUGUUAAAUUCACAGGCGUUUUUUUAGAAAAUGCAUUACUAAAUUAUUUUGGCAGCUUUGCACGACUUAAAAAUUUCUAAAUUAUUUUUAUGGCAGCUUUUACCUUCUAAUUUUAUCAAAAUAAUAAUAAGAGAAGAAAGGAUAUUGUGGAGUUUAUAUAUUGAGAAUGUUGAAAGUCUUUGUACGACAUCACUGCUUUUAUGUUGCCAUUCUUAUUUUCCAUAAAGCUUCUUAUAAAUGCAUGCAAGAAGUUCCUUCAUUUCAAUUCUCCACACCCAUAUAAAAAUACUUGCUUGUGUUUAAAACCAGCCAGAUAACUUUCAUGUAUAAAAUAAAUUCAUAAAGUUAUUUUAUAAGAUGGAAUUCCUGAAAUAGUUGGUUGUAUGUACGUAAGAGUUGUAUAAGUUUUUCGUUUAUUCAUAAGUAUGCAUUGAUUUUAUCAAUAGUUGUGCAAAACAUUGAAAAGCUGUGGUGCUAUACAUUGACAACUGAUAUAUCGUGCCUAAGUGUAGUUGUGUGUUGUGAAGUGGAAUUUAUAGGUAACUGUGAUUUAUACGAAAUUAAGCAAGAAUAAAAUAGGUUUGUUUUAUAAA